GGGGUGUUAGAGUCCGCUCAUAAACUCACUGUGAUGUCAGCAGGUGAGUCUCCAGGUGAGAGACGGGUUUCUCACCAACCUCAGCUGUUUGAACCUGUCUCACCUGCCUCAACCGUCUCACCUGGCCGCCGUUCCCGUCGACUCCCUGAGAGAGCAGAGCCGCUGAACAAGAUGGAGUCCAGAGCAGAGGAACAAGAGGAAGACGCAUCCAGGUCACCUCCUGCAGACAAGGACACCACAACUAAAACUACUGAUACUGCCAGUGCUGCUAACAGUGCUAGCGCUGCUGCUGCUAGCAGUAUGUUAGCCGCCACGACUGAAACAACUGAAGGUCAAACGGAGGAAGAGGAAACAGGUGAAGCAGUCAGAGGGAACUGCGUUGCCAUGGAAACACCAGGUGCCAUGUCCUCAGUAUGUCUCCCAGCAGGUGACGGAGGACAGGACGGUGAUUUCCAACCAGGAGCUGUUGAGGACGAGUUUGUCUCGACGCCAACAGACAGACCAGCUCCUCCCAGCAGUCUGGCCUUGUCAGGGUCAAAACCAACGAAGAAGAAAGUCCUGGUGGCUCCAGCUCUCAGUCUGUCUUUAGGCCGCAGUGAGUCCAUAGUGUCAGACGACUUCUCCUCGGCCUUUCUCUCACCUGAGGACGACGAUGACACUGGGCUGGACUUUGACCUGGACGCCAUUGAAACGCCGUCCGACAGCGAAUCACUGCACUUCCCCGUCUACGACCUGGACCUGGAAGAUGACCUGCGGCGUCUCGGCGUGGCAUCUCGGCGUCGCAGAGUGUUCGGCGCCAGACCCGGGUCCAGGUCUGAUUCUUGGACUGGUUCUGGACCGGGAAUGGCCCACAGUGAACUGGGAGCUCUGGAGCGGGAGGACAUGGUGGACAGCCAGGGCACCAGGUGGCGCUGUUUCUCCACAGGUGAUCCACCACAGGAGAGCCGGGUCAACAUGAGCGUCCUGGAGCCGUUCCUCAGGGUGCUGUCACACGGAGGUUACUAUGGAGACGGUUUGAAUGACAUCAUCGUGUUUUCUUCCUGCUACCUGCCGCAGAAUAGUCUGGAAAAUUACCAGUAUGUGAUGGAUAAUCUGUUCAGGUAUGUCGUAGGAACUCUGGAUCUGAUGGUUGCAGAAAACUAUGUGAUUGUGUAUCUUUGUGCUGGAGGUCAGAAAGACAAAGUACCAGGAAUCAGCUGGCUCAGGGAGUGUUACACCACCAUCGACAGGAGGUUGAGGAAGAACCUGAAGGGUUUCUACGUGGUUCAUCCCACCUGGUACAUCAAAGCCCUCAUCACCAUCAUCAAACCCUUCAUCAGCUCUAAGUUCAGCAGGAAGCUCCAGUUUGUCGACAGCCUCCAGGAUCUUUCUCUCUUCGUCCCCACUGAGCACGUGCAGAUCCCGGACUGCGUCACCCAGUACGACCAGACCCUGUCCAGGUGAAGGUCCGGGAGCAGACCUGGACCCUGUGCAGAUCCCCGCUGCUCACAUUUGAGCCAAAAUGGAGGCGAAGAACAAGAAACAGGCCUCGAGCUGCUUCAGUCCAAAUCACACACAUCAGAUUAUACAAACAUUAUAAUAAUAUAUUGAUUAUACAAACAUUAUAAUGAUAUAUUGAUUAUACAAACAUUAUAAUGAUAUAUUGAUUAUACAAACAUUAUAAUGAUAUAUUGAUUAUACAAACAUUAUAAUAAUAUAUUGAUUAUACAAACAUUAUAAUGAUAUAUUGAUUAUACAAACAUUAUAAUGAUAUAUUGAUUAUACAAACAUUAUAAUGAUAUAUUGUCCUACCACACUGCCCCCACAGGUAAACCGCAGUAACUGCAGUUCUGGUCCAAACUGAACUUUAAAUGUUGGAUCUUGUUUCUAAGUUCAGUUUGGCUCUCAGAGGAACAACAAUAUAAAAACUGCUGUAACUCCAGAAUCCAACAACCAACACACUCAAUUCUAGACAGUUUCAGGACAACGUGGGAAUUAAAACAAAGAGAAUCUUCAUGUUCUCCACUGGGAACUCUGACUGAGACUAGUUACUGCGGUUAGCCUCUGGGGGGCAGCGUAGUUACUGCGGUUAGCCUCUGGGGGGCAGCGUAGUUACUGCGGUUAGCCUCUGGGGGGCAGCGUAGUUACUGCGGUUAGCCUCUGGGGGGCAGCGUAGUUACUGCGGUUAGCCUCUGGGGGGCAGCGUAGUUACUGCAGUUAGCCUCUGGGGGGCAGCGUAGUUACUGCAGUUAGCCUCUGGGGGGCAGCGUAGUUACUGCAGUUAGCCUCUGGGGGGCAGCGUAGUUACUGCGGUUAGCCUCUGGGGGGCAGCGUAGUUACUGCGGUUAGCCUCUGGGGGGCAGCGUAGUUACUGUGGUUAUUUCUUCUGUGAUAUAAUCUUUAUUUCUUUGUCAGUGUUGAUUUCUGGUUGAACGCUCUGAUAUUUUCAGUCUUUCAGGGUUUUAAUGUGCAAUAAACAUUCUCCUGACUCAGUGUUUCAGCAGGAGUUGCACCAUCAACCUGCUGCCUUGCUUUAAAACUUUGGUGGUUGUGUUGUGACUUGCUGUUGGCUGAUUCCUCUCAGCCACUGUAUAAAACGGUUCAUGAUGUUUUUGUCAAAGGUGAAAUAUUUUUGGUGCUAAAUAAAAUUAAGAUGGUUCAGUG